AUAUACCUUUGAAAUUCAUGGCUUGGGAUCUAUGGAGUUCACCAUAUGACUCUUGGGAUCUAUGGGAUUCACCAGAUCAUCAAGUUGCACCUGGGAGCACUUACAGCACAGAAUCUGGAUGGGAGUGCGACUUCUACUUUGGUUGUGGUAGUGAUCUGAUAGAAGAAGAUGCAAUAAAUGAGAAAUGUUGCAUACAAGUGUUGAAGAUAUUAAUAACAAAGGCAGAUACUGAAAUUGAUGAACUUGAAAAGGAUUUGGUGGCUCUUCAAAGUGAACUAGCCUGGGCUGAACAUGAAGAAUGGUCUGAAAUAUGUGGUAGUGCCUUGAGAGAAAAGAUUGCUUGGCUUGACAUUUCUACAAGGUAUUUGAGAAGUAAAGAUGAGAAUAAUAAUGACGUCCAGUUACUAAUGCAUAGAGAACCUGCAGACAAUAUACACGACAUACUGAAGGCUCUUCUGAGAAAGUACUUCCCGGUGAAAGAUGAGCAGCAGACUCCAGAAGUCAUUGCCUUAAACUCAAGCUCAGAUUCCUCACUACAUGCUACUGGACUUUUGGAUGGGCACAAAGACUUGAAUAAAUCUGACUCACAUAGUGUUGUAAAGGAGGAACGUGGUGAAAUUGGCAUUACUAAGGGAGAAAGAUGUACAAGUACGACUUUGAAGUUUCAAGAAGAGAAAACAAAUGACCCCAAAACAAUUAAGCCUGCAAAUACUAAUAUCAUGGAUUCCAGCCCAGAUUCUUUAAGACUUGCAGCUGACUACUAUGACAAAAAGAAAACAUCAAGCAAUAGUAAUUCAAAAAGCACUCGGCAAUGGGAGGCCAAAGGACAAGGUCUUACUUGUGAGGAAAAUAAAACAUCAACCAUGAUGUUUAACGAUGAAAAGCCUGCAAAUACUAAUAUCAUGUAUUCCAGCCCAGACUCUUUGAGACUUGCAGCUGGAUACUGCGACAAGAAGAAAACAACAUAUUCAGAAAGCACUAUGCACUGGGAACCCAAAGGCCAAGGUCUUGCUCCAGACGAAAAGAAAAUGAUUCAAGAUGCAUCUAUGUUCCAUAAAGAGAAGAGUGUGCAAAAUUUAGAAGUUGAGGUUUGGCAUGCUACUAUCAAAGAUUCAAGUACAAGUAUCAGCUGCCCUGAUGAGAAUGACAUAUUGAAUUUUGUUUAUUCGGAAAGCAUCAAUGAGAAGGUGGAUGAAUACAGUUCAAUACCUGUGGCAGAUAUUACAGGUUCACUAUCGAGGCCUGAUGGAUUCGGAAGAGAUUUUGGUAAAACGGUUGAGUUUCAAAUUGAACUGCCUGAAGAUGCUAGUGUCAAAUAUUUCAGCUCAGAUUCUCUAAAAUAUGCAAAUGGCUGUUCCAGUGAGACAAAAAAUUCAUGCCUGCCUCUCUUGGCAGAAAAUGGAUAUGAGGAAGUAAGGAAACAGCCUUCUACUUCCACAGAAAAAAAUCAAAUGUUGAGUUUAUCUUUAAAUCCUGAAUCAAACCUUGAAAAAACUGAAAAGCAUAUUGCUAUGAAAAAUUCAAGUACAAGUGUCAUCUGCCCUGAUGAGAAGAUCAAAUUGAAAAUUUCUGAUUCAGUAAUUAUGAAUGAGAUGGUUGAAGAACAUGCUUCAAUGCCUGUGGCAGAUAAUAUAGGUCCAUCAUUGAGGCCUGAUGGACCUGGAACAGAUGUUAAACUGGUUGAGCAUGUUACUAUAGAAACUUCAAGUACAAGUGUCAGCUGUCCUGAUGAGAAGAACAAAUUGAAAAAUUCUGAUUCAAAAAUCAUGAGUGAGAAGGUGGGAGAACACACUUCAAUACCUAUGGUAAAUAUUGUACGUUCAUCAAGGCCUGAUAAACGUGGAACAGAUGUUGAUAGAACAGUUGAGCCGGCAGAUGGUGUUGUGAAAUAUUUCAGCUCAGAUUCUCUUAAAUACGCAAAGGGCUGGUCGAAUGAGAUGAAAAAUUCAUGCAUGCCUCGAUUGAUUGAAAAAGGAUAUGAGGAAGGAGGGAAAGCAACCCAUCAAAAAAUAGAAAAGGAGCCUGCAAAUACUCUUGUUAAGUAUAUGAGUCCAAAUUCUUGGAGACAAUCUGCUAGCAUCAACAAGAGGACUGAAUGUUCUGAAUCCAGAUUAUGUGCUUCAAGACACGGAAAAAAUGAAAAAUCUGAUGUAGAGCAAAAGCUAAUUGACUUUGUUCCUAAAACUGCACGGAAAGUGGGCAUCAAAGAAUCCAAGGUUAUUCUUGCUAACAAGACGGUAUGUUCUAAUACAUGUUUAAAGGGUGCUGGGGAUGUCAGUAAUAAUCUACAAAUAGUCAAGUUUCAAGAAGGUGGUCUCACUGACCUUGGACAUUUUGCUUUGCCUUCAAAAGAUCAGAUGGGUAAAGAUUCAACCAAGCCUAAGUUAAAUGAUGUAGGAGAACCAGCAGAAGAAUCUCAAAAGGCUAAUGCUAACCUCCACAAGAAACCCCGUGUGAACUUGGGUUUGGAACCACAAAAGCCAAAGACACAGAGGAAAUCACCAUUCAGUAUGAAGAAUGUCCAAGAACCAAGUUUUCCUCCUACAGAUACAUCGUUCAUUCCAAAUUCCAAAAAGGAAAGAAAAUCAAUAAUUGAUGAUGACAACACCAGUUUAAAGCAGUUUUUAAGUUUGAUGCACUUGAAAAAAUCAGUUCACAGUACCAAAGUUUCAGCUUCACCAUCACAAAAGAAGAGGAAAAGGACUUCAACUUUGCCACUUACUGCAGAGGUUAAAGAUUUGCCUGUAGAUUUGGAUUUGCAAGAUUCACGCAAGGAUGCAACAGAUGGUGGGAGUAAGAAAGAUCUUCAGAUUGUAGUCUAUGAAAAAACGGAAGAUCUUCAUAUCAUAGAACCCUACUCUGUUGAAGAUGGUUCUUACGCUGGGGCUUUGGUUCCUCACACAAUUUCAAGCUUGAAGAACAAGAAAAUAGUUGAACUGAGGAAGUUGGCACAGAAAAUCAAGCUGACAGGGUAUUCUAAGUUACGAAAAGAGGCUCUGGUUGAAAAAAUAGCCGAAAAACUCAGCUGUUGUUGAUUCCAUUUUGUCCAUGUUUGUGGCUAUGUUCCUUGCACAUGUUUGAUGAGUUAUGAAUGGAUCCACUGUGGUGUAAAUAGUAUCAUAACAUACUUCUUCUUUGUC